UUCCUUUUUCUGCGAGUUGGUUAGAUUUGAUUAGCGUGAAUUGAGGGGCUGCGGAGGCGGGGCGGGGUGUUAUAAGGACUCCUCAUUUAAUGGGAAAAAAAAUCUUUCUCAAGUUCUCCGAAAACAAAAUCUAUCUCUAGUUCUCCCUUUGGUACCAAAUUUCAGGAGAUACCCGCUGCUUCUAAUCGAAUCUGGAGAAGACAAUCGCAUAUCCUUGUUCCCAUGGCGUCGACAGACCCACCUGCCGAGAGGAGGAGGCCUGCUCCUCCGCUGCCGUCCCCUAUUGUCCACCUCUCCUUCAGCAGCGACGCGUCCUGCUUCGUCGUCGCCGGCACCUCCAGCGUGCAUUGGCUUUCAUGCGACACCUUCAGCCUGCGUGGCCUCUACCAAGAAAAAGAUGCCAGAAAGACCAUCGCCGCAGCGGCCGGCGAUAUGCUUAGCCUCAAGGAAUCAGCAUGCGCCACCGUGAGCCGCGUCAACAGCACCAAGUUCUUCAUCCGGCGUUGGAAGCCGGGAUACAUGAACUACCACUGGCGGUACUUCGAGGGGGAGAAGACAUACACCGGAGGCGAAGAUGACGUGCGGGCAGUGCGUGUCCACGGCGCGAAGACCGUCGUCGUGCUCGUUGACCGGCUGGAGGUGCUCGGCUGCAGGACCAAGGACACCGAGGACAAAGAGCUUUGGUUGCUGCACUCGGUGGUGACCGGGGGCAAUCCCCUUGGCCUCUGCGCCGUGUCGUCAGGCGCGUCCUUCGCGUUCGUGUGCCCCGGCGCCAGGGAUUGUGAGGUGCACGUCGAGCGGUGGUUGGACGAGGGGGAGGUCGCGGCGCCCGUGGUGGCCAUACGUGCACACUCUUCCCGCCUUGCGUCCAUUGCCAUAUCUUGCGACGGCCGGCUCGUGGCCACAGCUAGCGUCAGGGGCACCCUCGUGCGCAUCUUCAGCGCCACCGACGGUGCGUUGCUCCAAGAGCUGAGGAGAGGCAGAGACCGAGCAGACAUCCACUGCAUCGCCUUCUCUCUGGAUUCAAAAUGGUUGGCGGUCAGCAGCGACAAGGCAACCGUGCACGUGUUCAGCGUCAAUAUCGAUUUGCCAAGCCUGACACCGGAGGACAGCAACAGUCCCGGCGGUCUCCAAGCAGCCCCGGCGCCGUCGUCUCCAGCAGUAGCUACAGCCAACAAGAGGUCGUUGUUGUCGUUCGCUGGAGGAUUCUUGCCGGGCUAUUUCAGUUCAGAAUGGUCGUCGACUCAGAUCCGCGUCCCUGAAGGCACCAAGUACUUGGUCGCGUUCGGCAGUCAGCCAAACACCCUUCUCAUCCUCGGCAUUAAUGGACGCUUCUACCGGUGCCGAUUCGACCCGGAAAAAGGAGGCGUAGUGGACGUGCGGCACAAAGGGACGCCUUGUGGGAGUGUGGGACAGGACGUGGAGUGCAUCAACUUCAUGAAUCCGAGCAAGAAAACAUCUAAUUCGAAGCCAUAAUAUGGCAGCUAGCCUUGUUAUCUUUGCUUUCUCAUUCAUCUUCGUCUUUCUGAGGGAUGCAGAUUUGGAACCUCCAGGGUAUCCUUCGACCCUACUUAUAGUUCAACUAAAUGAACUAACUUGAAUUCUGAAAAGUUAGUUCAUUUGAUUGAACCAAAAAGGAUCGGAGGGUACCCUUUAGGUUCCACAUUUGCAUCCCCAGUCUGUCUGAACAGUAAUAAAUGCACUACUGUGUGCAGCCCUGCGCCAUUUUGGAACGCUGCAUGAUUUUGUUUUUGUUCAAUGCAUUUUGUUACUGUUGUUUGGUGCGUA